AUGGCCACUCCGUUUCGCGCCGACGAGUCGCUCGACGUCGACGGCUUUCAGAAGUCCAUGCGCUUCAUGGCAGAGGCGGGCUGCGACGGCGCGACCAUCGUGGGAGUCCUGGGCGAGUCCAACCGGAUGACGGACCGCGAGCGCGAGACGCUGAUUCGGGCCGCCGUCGACGCGGUAGCCGACUGCGGCCGCCCGUUUCCGAUCUGCGUCGGCACGAGCCACGCGGGCACGGCUGCCACGGUCGCGCUGAGUCAGAUGGCGCAGGAGCUUGGGGCGGCGGCGGUGAUGGUCACGCCCACCAAGGAGCCUGCGCCGGCGAGCGACGACACGCUCGCCGAGAUGUACGCGCGCGUCGCCGAGGGCUGCCCGGGCCUCCCGAUCGUGCUGCAGGACCACCCCGCGUCGACCCAGGCGAGACUCGAGCCAGCGCUGCGCAAGCUGUGGGCGUCCGAGCUGCCGCCCGCCUCCGACUGCACGAUCCUGACCGGGCUCGGCGCCCUCUACGCCGGCUUUGACAUGGAGCAGGGGACGGACGGCUUCAUGACCGGCUUCGCCUUCCCCGAGAUCCUGCAGGCGAUGAACGCGGCCGCCCAGCGGAAGGAGUGGGAGCGCGCGCACGCCCUCUACCAGCGCUACCUCCCCCUCCUCGUCUUCGAGCAGCAGCCCGGCGUCGCCGUCCGGAAAGAGCUCUACCGGUUGCGAGGGCUCAUCGAGUGCGCACACGUGGAGCGCAGCCUGCCGGGCAUCGACGUCAGCCAGCCGCUGCCGGCCUCCCUCUUCGCCUAG